CGUGCUGAGGAUUCUGGGAGAGAACAAUGGCGGCUGCUGGACAGUGGCAUAGAAUGGGGAGGCUCUUUGAGAAGGCGCCAGCACUGGGGCGUUGGCCCCGGGUUUACAGCACGUCCUCUGCUUUUGCUGAAGUGCUAAGGCUACCUCAGAAACAGCUAACGAAAGUAGUGUACCCGCUGCGGGAAAUGGCACAGUACCUCGUCGGGGACACCGGGUCAGGUCUCAUCGAACAGAGACUCUUCGACCCGAGCCUGGAGGACAUCGCGAGGGCCGAGAGCGUCUUCGAGGCCACGGACCGGAACCGCAUCGAGUACCUCAGCUCCGCGGUCCGCCUAGACCACGCCCCGAGCCUGCAGCAGCCCGAGGUGUGUUUCAUAGGCCGAAGCAAUGUUGGAAAAUCCUCCUUGAUAAAGGCCUUGUUUUCAAUGGCCCCUGAUGUAGAAGUCAGAGUCUCAAAAAAACCGGGGCACACAAAGAAAAUGAAUUUUUUCAAAGUUGGAAAAUAUUUCACAUUGGUGGACAUGCCAGGGUAUGGCUAUAGAGCCCCAGAAGACUUUGUUGACAUGGUAGAGACCUAUCUAAAAGAACGAAAGAACUUGAAGAGAACAUUUUUGCUAGUGGAUAGUGUUGUUGGAAUUACCAAAUUAGACAAUAUUGCCGUAGAAAUGUGUGAAGAGUUUUCAUUGCCGUAUGUGAUGGUAUUAACAAAAAUUGACAAAUCUUCCAAGGGCUAUCUUUUAAAACAAGUGCUUCAGAUCCAGAAGUUUGUUAACACACAAACACAAGGCUGUUUUCCUCAGUUGUUUCCUAUAAGUGCAAUGACCUAUUCUGGAGUCCAUCUGUUGAAAUGCUUUAUAGCAGAUGUAACAGGAAGUCUUAAGUAAACGCUCCCAGAGUACAUGAAGUUCCAACGUCCUCCAUGUCAACUGGAGUCAAACACCUAGAAGAAUACCAAUAUUGUUUUAAAUAUUGUGUGACUCAACUUGCAGAAGAAUCAGUUCAGCUUUAAACCUGCAUUAUCCUGAAGCAAAAAUUAAUUUAUUGGGGUUGAGGAUUAUAAUUAAAUCAUAUUGUUCAUUAGGAGAGAUGCUAGCUGGCUUUUCUGCUUUAACAAACUGACAAGUCCAAAAGCAUAUAGAAACAUAUGAAGUGAGCUCCUGUUAUUACUAUGUAGAGGUUUGUUACAGUAUUAACUUCUUAUGUUAAUAAAUGUCAGGCUGGAGAGGUGGCUCAGGUUACGAGCACUAAGUGCUCUUCUAGAGGUCCUGCCUUCAAUUCCCAGCAACCACAUGGUGGCUCACAACCAUCCAUAAUGAGAUCUGAUGACCUCUUAUGGCCUGCAGGCAGAACAUUUUAUACAUAAUAGAUAAAUAAAUUUUUAAUAAAAUACCUGUUUUUAAUGUUGUGUCAACUAGAUAAGGUGGGGCUGCCUUUCUGUAAGGCAUGCAUAGAUAAGUAGAAAAGUAAAUGACUAUAUGUAUGCUUA